CAUAAUCAGUACUUCCCCCUCAUGGUCACUCACUUUGACAUUUCCUUUUGUACCACAGACUCACUCAAAACUUGCAGCGGAAAAACAAAAAAAAAUGAAGAUCUUCAACUGGGUACACCAGAGGUUUCAUCAUUCCGUCCUUAAGGAUGAGAUUGCUGGAAAUUUGAAAACCACUGAGUUGACUACAAAUGAAACUGACAAGCAGGCGUUACUGAAACAAGUUUCUCAUAAUGUUAAUCAUGUGCUUGAUAAUGGUUGGAGCGAUGACAUUUUAACAAUUGGAACGUUGGGGUUCGAUUAUCCAAAACCCUUCAACCAAAGAAAGGAAUAUUUGAUUCUGCAAAGUGAGGAAGAAGAUGUUGAAAGUACUGAAGAAGAAGAAGAAGAAGAAGAAGAAGAAGAAGAAGAAGAAGAGUAUUCGAUUGAUGAUUUUACUGGUGAUGAUGACAGCGAAAAUGUCGAACAUGAAGAACUGAAUCCCUUGAUGUUCGAAACAUUUGGACACAACUUCAAGGACUUCGAAUUAAAUCAUGAUCUUGACAACAUUGUUAGACCUGAGGGGGUUAUGGCUGUCGAUGGUACUGUUCCUCUAACUCCAUUUCUGGGGUCUUCAGAACUCAGUACUGAUGAAUUGGACAAGGAGAAAGGCGAGAAACUGAAAAAGAAGGGAGAAAGAAUAACACUGGCUGAUCUGUUUUUGGCUGAUGCUCAUGUUGAAGGGAAAUUUGAUCCUAAGAAGGUCCCAAAUUCGGGUGAAAAACCAGUACUUAGAACCAAGAAUGGCCUCUCUUUUGCUAAAAAGUUCAUUCCUCGAGUUAAAGAGGAUUCUCGUCCAAUCCAAACUCUGCAACGACUGAUGAAGAAAAUGUUGAAGAGGAAGAUCCAUCCUGAGUUUGAUGUCAAGAUGCAGAAGUUAGAUGGGCAGAAGACUGGUGAAGUAGGACCUGUCACCAAUGGAUCCCUCACCCUGCUUCCAACUCAAGGCGCUACAGUGUGAGAUUUGAAUAAUGGGCUGGUUUCCUAGAGAUGUUUUUAUUUUUUCGGUUAUUGUUAUGAAAUAAUUUUUCAUGGACAGUAUGUGUUAGGUGUAUCUCUGUUUUGCAACUUUAUUCAAUGCUUUGGAUUUAGUGUAUGAUGGACGUUUGGUUUGUCGCAUAACUGAUACACUACAAUGGUUUAUGCAUUGGCAUUGGGAAGCAA